AUAAUAUUAUAAUCUGUCCAUACCACGAAUUAAGACGAAUUAAGAUAUACUGUAAUAUAAUAUACUAAGGUGGAUUGAUGUCAAUCAUGAACUAAGAUAGAUAUAUGAUAUAUGAUUGAAUGAAUUUAAGGUCAUACCUGCCCAGGAGGUUUACAAAUAUGUCUUCUAUUCCAUUCAUCGAUAUUGGAGCAAAUUUGACAGAUCCCAUGUUUAAAGGAAUAUACAAUGGUAAUAAAAAGCAUAAAGAAGAUUUAGAAGAUGUUUUGGAACGUGCUUGGAAAAAUGAUCUUAAAAAGAUUAUUAUAACUAGCGGCAGUUUAAAUGAUUCCAUUGAAGCUUUAAAGCUAGCAUCCUUGAGUGAAAAUCUUUACUGCACUGUUGGUUGUCAUCCAACACGUUGUGAUGAGUUUACUAAAGCCAAGAAUCCUGAAGUGUAUUUAAAUAGUUUAACAGACUUGAUAAAAAAUAAUCGAUCAAAAGUAGUAGCAAUAGGAGAAUGUGGACUUGAUAAUCAACGAUUGCAUUUUUGCUCCAAAGAGAUCCAAGAAAAAUAUUUUGAAAUGCAGUUAAAAUUAAGUGAAGAUUUUAAUUUACCAUUAUUUCUACACUGCCGUGAUGCAGCUCCUACAUUUUUAGAUAUACUGAAGAGAAAUCCCAAUUUUAUUAAAUCAGGAGGCGUUGUACAUUCUUUUGAUGGAAGUUUAAAUGAGGCUAAAGACAUAAUUAACUUGGGGUUUUAUAUUGGUAUCAAUGGAUGUUCAUUGCGGACAAACGAUAAUUUAAAAACAAUAUCAGAAUUGCCUGUCAAUCGUUUGAUGCUGGAAACAGAUUGCCCAUGGUGUGAAGUAAAACAAACACAUCCAUCAUAUUCUUACGUACAAACCAAAUUUAAUUCAGUGAAAAAAGAAAAAUUUAUUGAUGGUUCUAUGGUCAAAGGAAGAAAUGAACCAUCAACUAUUAAACAAGUCUUGGAUGUAUUAGCUUCAUUGAAAAAAGAAGACCCUGUAUGUUUAGGAAAUCAAAUAUAUCAAAAUACUAUGGAUCUUUUCUUUAAAGAUAUAUAGUUUUUUUUUACUAUCUGAUAAUUAUUUAAAUAAUGAAUAUUUUUUUGAGAAAAUAUAAAUUUAUGUUUAUAACUUUA